AAAGGCCAUCUAGAACUCUAAUUAUAAAUCAAUAAAUUCGUCAAAGAAAAUCAAAAAUCAGAAACGAGAGCUUGAGCUGACCGACAAAUUCAUCCGAAUCCAAUAAAUAAACUCGAGGCUAUAUAUAUACACACACGGACGAAUCCCUUUCCAUCCACCCGACCACACGCCGACGCCGACGCCGACGACCAUGGCCGCCGCCACCUCCACCGCCGCCUACUGGCUCGCCGAGCACCCGGCAAUCGUGUCCUUCAGGUGGAGCCCCACGGGGCUGUGGUUCUCCACCUGGGCCUUCCUCCUCGGCUUCCUCGCCUCCUACGUCGCGCUCUGCCUCGCCCUCGACGCCAUCCUCGCCGCCCUUUUGCGCCGCCGGAGGCCGCUCCCGCUGGGGCCCUUGCCCGCGGCCCACGCGCUCCUGAUGGCCGCCGUCUCCGCCGCCAUCUUCGCCGGCACGCUGCUCUCCGCGCUCGCCGAGAUACGCGACACGCGGUGGUCGUGGCGCGGACGGAGCCGCACCACCCCGUUCCGCUGGCUCCUCUGCUUCCCGCCGGGGACGCGCUCCUCCGGCCGCGUCUUCUUCUGGUCCUACGCAUACUACCUCUCCCGCUACCUCCACGCCGCGCGGGGGCUCUUCGCCGUGCUGCAACGCCGUCGCGGCGCCGCGGCGAGGGUGUUCGCGCACGCGGCAUCCGUCGCCAUGGCCUUCCUCUGGCUCGAGUUCUCGCAGUCGUUCCAGGUGCUCGCCAUCCUCGCCUCCACGCUCGCCCACGCCGUCGCCUUCGGGUUCCGCUUCUGGGUCGGCGCCGGCCUCCCCGCCGCCCGUGGCGCCCCCGUCGCGCUCGCCUGCCAGUGCGCGCUCCUCGGGUGCAACCUCCUCUGCCACGUCGGCGUCGUGUGGAUGCACUUCGGCGGCGUCGCCGGCGGCGGGUGCAGCGGCAUCGGCGCCUGGGUCUUCAACACCCUCCUCAACGCCGCGCUCCUCUGGGUCUUCUUGCAUUGCUACGGCAAGCGCGGCGUCUGCGACGACGACGGCGGCGCCACCGCCGCCAGCGCGCGCCACGACAAGGACCUAUGAGGUGAACCACCACCCACCAUGCAUCCUUGUAACAUGUUCCUCACUACUCUACUACUUAGAUUGUAAAUAGGUGUGGCGUCCAAACGGGGAUCGAAGAGAUUAACAUGACACAAAAAAAAAAUCAACAAACAAAGAUGGGAUUGGUGUAGGAGCAAUUCGAUGAUCCAAUCCCUGCUUACUUCUACUUCUUAGUGCUAUGUUGUUAUUGUGUUGUUCAUGUCAGUAAAAGAAGAAAUUUUGCAAA